AUUAACUUUUCACAAUCGCCUUGCAAGCGAUAUUGGCCAUCAAAAUUCCUCGAUCUGUUCCACUUAAGGCUAUCCAAACCCAUGACCUUGCCUCUACAGCUAUCCUGGAUUCUGCAUCUGGACAGAGGUUUACGUAUGAUCAACUGUUAUGUUCUGCGAGUCAAAGAACAGUUGUUGCAGAGCACUGGCCAGAAAGACCUCUCUGGCGAGCGUGUUGUAUUCAUAGUGGAAAAUGAAUACAAUUAUGUCGUUACAUUAUUGGCCAUCUUUGCUUGCAAUGCGAUUGCUGUCCUGUUCGCUCUGUCUUUCCCCGCAACCGAGUUGAGGCACUUCAUCAAUGUCAGCCAGGCUAUAGUCCCACUAGCAUCAACUAAANUUUGCAGCAGAGCUGAGGAGGUCAUGGUCGAGGGUCUUGGUUCACUUCCAUGCUUCGUUGAGAUAGAAGAACUCCUCGAUCAGUCUGAAGAGAUCAUCUUAUCAGAUCAAGACAUGCCCUUUACUGCGGAUGCCGGUAUGAUGCUUUUCACUUCUGGGACUACCGCAAAGCCAAAAGGUGUCUUGUUGUCUGGUGCUACUUUGACCGCUCAAGCACAGAGUCUGCUGACUGCGUGGAACUACACACCCUCUGAUCGUGUGCUGCAUGAUCUACCACUCCAUCACAUUCACGGCACAGUGAACGCUAUCCUCACACCACUACUUGCUGGCAGCUGCAUCGAAUUCAUGUAUCCAUUCAGAGUCGAAGAACGAUUUGCGGCGCCUUUCUUGGAUAUCAUCGGCACCGAAAACGAUACCUCAGUCGCCGCAAAACCUCCCAUCACAUUCUUCACCGCGGUUCCAACCAUCUGCCUUCAAACGGCUGGCAGAGAAGCUAUAUCUCGCGAACAUCUGCCUUCCAACAUCUCUGGUUCUGCAGCUCUGCCCAAGCCAUUCCGUGAUGGAUGGACCGAGCUCUCUGGAGGCAACAUCUUGCUCGAGCGAUACAGCAUGACUGAAGUUAGAAUGGCACUCUCUUGCGGUGUCGAAGACGAAGACCGCCUCAAUAACUCUGUUGGCUGGCCUCUACCUUCCGUAGAAGUCCGCCUUGUCGAAAGCAAUGACAAAACCGGCGUGGCAACCGUCAUCCAGCUCGGCGAGGCAUGCGACUCUGUCACCGGCAAAGAACCCCAGGGAGAGCUUCGACUGCGUGGUCCAACCAUCUUCAAGUGCUAUUGGUCUGAUCCAGCCGCGACCGCAAAGGAGUUCACGGGCGAUGGAUGGUUCAAGACGGGCGACAUAGCCAUCCGUCGUUACAUGCCUGGACGACGCAGCGCCGAUAUCAUCAAGACUGGCGGCGAAAAGGUGUCUGCCCUCGAGAUUGAGCGCGAGAUCUUGUCUCUACCCCAAGUCAGCGAGGUUGCGGUUCUAGGUCUGCCAUCCCAGAUGUGGGGUCAANAGAUUGUGGCUGUCAUUGUUCUUUCCAAAGAGUUUGUGGAUAGUGAUCUACGAGGUAGUUUGAAAGCUCGUUUGGUGGGUUAUAAGAUAUUUCAAGAUCAAGAGGUUAUAGAGAGGAUCAAGAGGAAUGCGAUGGGCAAGAUCAACAAGAAGGAGUUGGCACAAGAGGUCUUUGGCGAUAUUGAGAAGAUCAGGAGGAGAAUUGUG